AUGGGAAAGCAUCAAUCGAAAUUAAUCCGAGGCCAAUAUGACGACGUCUCGGCCUCAGAUGACUCGAUCUCUUCCUGUUCCGCUUGUUCCUCGACCGUCUCCGUAUCGUCGUGUAGCACUGUGGACAACGAGUACAGCAUAGAUUCGAUAAUUAGUUCUCCUUUAUCUGAAUCAGAAAAAUCGCGUUUUGCGUCUUUGCCCGACUUGAAAUUUGAAACUUCUCGAAAAAAACAUUCAAAGAAAUGCAACCACAAAACUUCCAGAAACGCUUAUUCCAGCUAUCAUGAUCCUUCACACUCUCCAGUUUCAAACUCCACCCAACAAACACAGAGGAUACAGAAUCAAGUUUCUCCAAUCUUGCCCUCCACCGACUUCAACAUUUACAAUUACAUAAACCAUCGAAAAUACUCGAAAAACAACUUUGGUCACCUUUACCCGAUAGAUGAUCGCGAGUGUGAUAGGUUGCAAUAUCAAUUCUACAUAUAUAAGCAUGUUUGGGAAAACAACUUCUCGGCACCCGUGCAUGAAAUACUUUGCCAAGAGAACGCCAAGGUGCUCGAUGUCGGAUGUGGUCCCGGAUAUUGGACCCUCGAAACGUCGGUAGAUUAUCCCCUCGCCCAUUUCGUCGGCAUCGAUGCGGUGAAAACUUUUCCUACUAUCGUGAAACCACAAAAUGUCGAGUUCAUUCAAGCAAACGUCCUCAAGGGUCUCCCAUUUACCGACAACACUUUUGACUUUGUGAUGAUUCGGUUGAUGAUCUUCGCUUUUACCCUCGAGGAAUGGGAGAAGGCGAUAAGUGAGGCCGUCAGGGUUUGUAAGGUCGGGGGAUGGGUGGAGAUAAUGGAGAAAGAUAUCUUGUUUUUCGGCGCGGGGAAAAUUGCCAAUGAGGCUCAGAAGUGGGUUUCAAACGAGUUACGAAAGAAGAAGAAGAUUGAAGUGGUCAUCUCACCACAUCUUCCACGUUUCCUGUCCAUCACCACCAAGAUCACCAAUAUACAUCAUGCGGAAAGAAAUGUACCAUUCGGCGAGUAUGCGGGUAGCUUGGGAAAAAACUAUUCCGAGAUAUAUGCCUGGGGUGCAAAAAAUUUGAAGAAAGUGAUCAAGGAUAUCGGUGGAUACCGUGGUGACAUUGGCGGUAACAAGGAGGUCGAUAGAAUUUUCGGUGAGAGCGGCGGUCCCAGUAGCAGUGGUGGCUCUAAGAAAAGCACGAGACGAUUGGGAUUUACCGGUAGUGAUAAAGAGUGGGAUGAGGUGGUGGACCGCUGUGUCGAGGAAUUAAAUGCUCGCAGAGCAUACGACAAAAUUCAUAGGGUGUGGGGUGUGAAAAUUGAUGAGAGUGCCGGUGCCAGUUCCUCGACAAUUAGCAGGAGCGUAAAAGACGGUGAGACGGUCAGCACGAUCAAUGGAAUCAGUGUGAUCGAAGUUUUGUAG